AUGGGCAGCAGGGAGCGGGCGCGCGUCCUCCGGGUGCCGCCGCCCUUUCUCUUCCCCGACGGGGCGGCCGGAGAGCGCGGGGAGCAGCCUGGUGGUGGAGGUGGGUUGCGGGGCGCUAGGUGCUGGGGGGACGGGGGUGGGACCUGGAGAGGGGGAGGCUAGGAAGAAGCCGCCUCCUCCCUCCCGAGCACUGCCCGCCCCGUCUGCCUUCUUUCGCACCCCCAGGUCCCCGGACGGAGGGAGGCGGCGGCGGCCCCAGGAAGAGGAAGCGGACCACCUUCAGUCGGGGCCAGUUGAGCGAGCUGGAGCGCGUCUUCGCCGCCCUGCCCUACCCGGACAUCGGGACGCGCGAGCGCCUGGCCGAGCUCACGCAGCUGCCCGAGGCCAAGAUCCAGGUGAGCCCCGACGGCUCCUCCGCCUCGGGAGGACCCCUGCCUCUCAAUUCCCCAUCUCUCAUCGGCUCCCUCUCCCCCCAGGUCUGGUUCCAGAACCGCCGCGCCCGCAGGAUCAAGAGCAGCGCCGCGCCCCGCCGGGCUCAGGCUGGCAGCAAGCCCGAUGGGCAGCCGGGAUUGAGCGCCACGCCGCCGCCCGGCAGCGCCUCUGUCUUCCUGGGCUGGGAGGAGGCGGCGGCGCACCCUCGGUGGCCGGGGUGCUCCGUCCGAGAAGAGGAAGAGGCCGCGGCGUGGACCGCCCUGUCGGGCCGCUGGGACGCCUUUCCUCCGCCUCGCACCUCCCUGGGGAGCAUCUCGGACCUCAUCUACAGCGCCGCCCUGGUGGCCAACUUCGGGGACCUCUAG